AGAAGCGAAAUACCUGCAAUGUUAUGAUCGCACGUCCGUUCCCGGCGAAAUAAAUAAUUAUCUCAAAUUAUAAUAACUUCAUGAAGUCUAAUCGCGAUAUCGUGCUUGCAACGAACUGGCUUUACGGAAACCCAUUAUACAUAUAUCCAUGUAUACACCAGCGCGUAAUCGAUAAUAGCAUAAACUAGAACAUAAACCAUCUAGUUUCGUUUUCACUUAUCAAGUUAUAAUGGCUGUAAAUUAGAUUUACAUGUAAUAAAGGGAUCUAAACAUGCUAGCGGACUUGUAAAGGCGAUCUGCGCUAUUGUGAAACCAUCAUUUGUGAUUGCAUACCUACUUACUUAUAACAUUCGGGUGAUCUUCGCUUGUGAUAACAAACCUAAAGAUAAAAUGGCGACAAAAGAAGACACACCUGUGUUACAGAAAGGUUCAGACGCGUUAUUCGACUAUUGUUGUUGUGUGUGCGAUGACAAUGAUACACUAACAGAGGCGCUGUUCUAUUGUGAGAGUUGUUGUAAGUGGUACUGUGACCAGUGUGUGUCUCUUCAUGGUCAGAUGUACAAGAAACACACAACGCUUGGGAAGAGUGAGCAAGUAAAAUGGCCGGUCGCCAGGGGCGUAGCAGAGCUCUUGACAAAAUGUGAGGAACACAAAGGGAAAAUGAUUGAAAUGUUCUGCGCGGACCAUAGUCAUUUGUGCUGUACGACGUGUGUACUGCUCGAUCAUAGGCAAUGUAACAAGGUUACUCAAAUAACCAGUGGGGAACACAAAAAGGAACAUGACGAUCUACAAAAGCUGACAACCGACAUCAUUAACUUGACACAGCGUCUCAGAAAACUGGUAGAACAGAAAGAGUGCAAAGUCAAGUCACUUCAGUGUGCGUACGACAACAUUAUAGAAGAGAUCACUCUCGUGCGUCAGAAAUUUAAUGCCGCAUUAGAUUUACUGGUGCAGCGUACUAUAAAUGAAGGAAGACAAGUGGUAGCUCGUCUGAAAAAAUCACUGCAAGCUGAUGUAUUCUCGGGUAAAGCUGCUCUGAAAAGGAUUCAAUCCCUCCAAGAUGCGUCCGAUAAAAUUGCGCCACACGAUUCAGAAUUAUCUACCGUUGCAUUUAUGAAAAUCGAAAAUGAGCUGUUAACCUCUGACUCAAUUUUACGCGAGAUGGACUCAAAAUCUGAUUUCACUUUAUCAUUUACCCUUGACAAAAAUAUUGAAAAUUGUUUAGCUACAAUGACAACGCUUGGCACUAUUAACACUUCAAAUAGUAGCACAGUUAUUGCAACAACAAGAAAUUCACAUUACAAUAUAAAGCUAAGUGGUGAAGCAACAUGUGAGAUACGAUGCAUAUGUGAGAUGCCUAACGGUAAUGUCAUUAUUGCCGACGCUAAAAACAACAAGAUAAAGAUACUUGAUAAACACUUCCAUGUGGUCAGUUACUAUGAUAUGCCAGCAUGUCCUUUCUACGUGUGUCAGAUAACAGACGCUGAAGUGGCUGUUGCAGUUUAUAAUUGGAAAAGCGUACACGAGAUUCACGUACUUGCACUGACAAAUGAUACUAUGGUUGAGAAAGAAAUAUUUAAGCUGACACAUCCAUGCACCGGAAUUCGACACUAUAAUGGUCAUUUGUACGUUGCAUCCACACAAGCGUUAUACCGGUACACAAUGACGGGCAUGCUGCUGGACAAGAUGUAUGAAGACACAUCGGGUUAUUGCACAGUCUACAGGUUUGCACUGAACGCGAAUGGUGAUCGGAUUCAUGUCAUCGACUAUACAAAUCACAAGGUCCUGACCCUGAACAUGAGUGGACAAUUCCUUUCGUCCUUCGCUGACCCAGAACUUCAAUGCCCGAUUGACGUACAAGUGACAGAGUCAGAACAAGUGUUGGUGUGUGGAUACGCUUCAAAGAACAUCAUUCAACUCAACAGCGAGGGGACAGAGAAAAUUGCUAAUGUAGCUUCACUGAAGGAAGGAACGCAACUUUUGUCCAUCUGUUGCUCGAGACAAACUGGUUCCAUAUUUGUAGGAAGAUAUAGAAAUGAUGACAUUGUAGUGUAUGACAAAAAAUGACAUAACGUUGAGUGUAUAACUUAACACUUUUCUUUUAAAGUAAUCCAUUUGUGAUAAAAACUAGCAGAACUACCGAUUAAAAAUUGACGCAUAGUGAAAAUAGGUAAUAUCUCUAUUGGCAUGACAUGUGCGCUAUAACUGAAAUUUAAUGUUAUAUUCAUAUCUUUAUGAACAAUGAACUAUGAUUUAUUGUUCAUUUUAUAUAACAUGCUUCCUUUUUAAAGUAGUAAUACACCUAUAUUACUAUUUAUAUCACAUUGUACGUUCACAAAUUUUAUCGAGAGAGUGCCUUUGGUUUGAUUUUGUUUUAUUGAAAUGUUAUGCCACUUCCCGACGCCCGACAGUAUCUUACUUUGACACUUAUUCAUAUGUGCGGGAGUUGACCGUUGUUUGCAUCACUUUUCUGACAUUCAUAUAGCCCUACCUAUCAGACUCAUUUUUUUCUGUCCGCGACAUCUUUUUCGCGAGGCAAAAUUCUAGCUCACUUGAGCAACAUUAACACUUCGACGACAAUGCUAUAUUGAAUGAUUGUGCAUAUACACGCAAAAUACGACAGGGAAGUUAUUAAUUUGUAGCGAAUUGUUCUCCAUGUUCUUGCCUUGUAUAUACAUAAAUAUAAAUAUAAAUAAAUAAAUUUAUAUAUAUAUUUAUAUACAUAUAUAAUUAGAAAUUAGACAAUUAUAAAUAAGUAUAUAUAUAUAUGAGAAAGAAAUUGUUCAAAGAGUGCAAACAAUAAGUUUUUUUUAUACUCUAGCGCUUUCGACUAUAAAUCUUUUGAACAAUUUCUUUCUAAUAUAUAUAAUAUGCUGUUUUAUACUUGUUUUUCAUAUAUGUAUUAACUGAUUUAUGAUACAUAAAUCAAUGAUUGAACUGUGUUUCAAAAGAUUACACCACUUUUUGAGUACAUGUAUGUAAAUAUUGUUGUAGGUUGAUGGGAGUGCUUUAGUAUUACUUAUUGUGUAACUACUAGUAUUCUUUUACGUGCAAAUAAAUGUGAAGUAUUUUAUAUUGCCAUACAUUACCAUAAACUGUUGUAAACAUGCACUUAAUAUGCUUAAAUUAUUUACAUGCGUUUGCUAGCGGUAAAGCCUAGAAAGAUAAUGACUGAGCUAUAAAUAAGCUAAUAUGAUUACUGACAUAGCUGUGUUGUUUGUAUGUGAUAUUUCAAUAAAUAAAUAAACAAAUAUAGAUGAUACAUAA